AUGGUGCUACCGUUGAUGAAACUGGGGACGCUUCUGGUGAAAACGAUAAGUAAGCCAUUGGCGAGUCAGCUCAAGCACCAAGCCAAGGUUUAUCCUAGGUUUCGCCAAUCCACCAUCAACUUCGCUCAGGGUUUUGAUGUUUCAACUAGCUCUGUUCUUAAUUCCAUAUUGAACAUUAUAGGAUCACCAUACUGUUGGAACGAACUCAUCACUCUCAGUUCCAAAUAUCGUGACUUGACUGCUCACUCGCAACUUGCCAUCACGGUAUGGGAUGUUUCGUGUGGAAAAGCUGAGGGACUCAUUGGUGGUGCCACAAUCCUUCUCUUUAAUAGCAAGGUGCAAAUGAAAUCAGGAAAGCAAAAGCUUAGACUCUGGCAAGGGAAGGAAGCGGAUGGUUCAUUUUCUACCUCUACUCUUGGAAAGCGCGGAGUAAAAUAUUUGCAUAUUGAUAUCAUCAUUCGGUUGAGUGGGGAUGCGUCAACCCAGAAUGGUUCUUCAUUCAAGCUGGUUCCUGCUCAAAAAAUAGAACCACUCACCGUCUCUGAACUCAACCAAUACACUCUGACAUCUGAGUCUCAGAAGCUCCAGCGUGAGAUAUCUUCUUUCACAUGCCUCUUCUGUGAUAAGCCCGACGCUGUGUGUGCCUCAAGUAACAAUCCUCUUCCUAAGUAUCGUGUGGAGCUGUCUGUUUCCGAGAAUACUGAUGAUGUUGUUCCUGUGACUUUUGAUCUUUAG